UGUAGGUGACAGUGGAAGACUGGGAGUAUGCGGAGUGGACCUGUGAGGUGCAGCUGCAGGUGAGCAUCAGCGACACCAACGACAACGCGCCGGAGUUCAGUGAGACCAGCCACAAAGCUACAAUUGCUGAGGAUGCUCCUGUCAAUACUGUCCUAAUCAAGAUGCACGCUACAGAUCCCGAUCUCGGACUCAGUCGGCGAAUCAAAUACAGUUUCGUGGAUUCUGCGGACGGCCACUUCACCAUCGACGACACAGAGGGCGUGGUGAGUCUGGCUCGCCCGCUCGACCGGGAGGUCCGCGACUCUUUCACGCUGACAGUGCGGGCCCAAGACCAUGGCGUCCCGCCGCUCUCAUCUACAACACUGCUGACUGUAUUGGUCGCAGACGUCAACGACAAUCCACCGGAAUUUGUGCGGAAGUUGCAAGAGACCACAGUGGCGGAGAACACGAAGGUUGGGGCAGAGGUCACUCGGGUCAUGGCCACUUCCAAAGACAUUGGCAUUAAUGCAGAGAUUACGUACUCGAUUCAGCACACGACCGAGGAGAAGUAUUUGCAGAUACAUCCCAAAACAGGUGUGAUCAGCGUUGGGUCUCUGCUGGACUACGAAGAGGUUCGGCAGGUUGUUGCAACCGUGGUGGCCACUGACGGAGGGACGCCCCCCCUCUCUGCCACCUCCCUCGUGAAUGUCACCAUCACCGAUGUCAAUGACAACACCCCAGUGUUCUCCAUGCCUUCCUACACGGCUGCUGUGCGUGAGGACGCUCUGCGGGGAAGCAGCGUCAUUCAGGUAAUGGCGCCGCCUCAGGUGUCGUCCUUCUUAUCCAUUCAGUAGUCUACGCAAAAAAAA